AUGUACAAUUCACUCCACGGCUUCCGGAUAGGAAUUAACUACGGGCGUGUGGCGAACAACCUCCCGACCCCAUCACGUGUGGCUUCCUUCAUCCUCUCCCUCAACAUAACCCGUGUCAGAAUCUACGAUGCCGACCCGGAAGUCCUCUUGGCAUUCGCCAACAAAUACGUGGAACUAACAAUCGGGCUCGAAAACAAGUACAUUGUGAACUUCACCGACCCAGCCCACGCCCAGAAGUGGGUCGAACAGCAUGUGGCCCCCUACGCCAAUCAUACCAAUAUCAAGAUGAUAACAAUCGGCAACGAGGUCCUGACUGGUGACGACACCAAGAUGAAGAACUCCCUUGUGCCCGCCAUGGUAAAUGUCCAAAAAGCCCUCGAUAACCUUGGCCUGAGCCAGAAAAUCUACGUGAACACUGCACACUCGUACGGGAUCAUGAAUGUUUCAUUUCCCCCUUCGUCGGGCAAGUUCAAAAGCGAGCUCGUGGGCUACCUCGAGGAGAUAUUGGACUUCCUCUCCCAACACAACUCCCCGUUUUUGAUGAACGUGAACCCCUACUUUGCAUACAGGGACGACCCGAAGCACGUGUCAUUGGCUUACGUGCUUUUCGAGCCCAACCCGGGGCAGACAGAUCCCGUCACCAAGUUGCAUUACGACAACAUGUUGUACGCACAGACGGACGCUGUUUACUUUGCCAUUGAUGCUUUGUCCGCAUACAUGGACUCGGCCAUCAAAGCUACUCCGGGCUUCACUGUGUAUAAUACCGAGACCGGAUGGCCGUCGCGCGGAGGCCUAAGACGUGGACGACCUCCACUUGGGGCCAAGAUAAAGAAUGCGAGGUUGUACAAUGGGAAUCUGCUGAAACGGGUGGAGGCGAAGCAGGGGACUCCCCUGAAGCCUUCGAUACCAAUCGACGCUUCCAUCUUUGCGCUCUUUGACGAGGAUCUGAAGCCCGGCCCAGAUACGGAGAGGCAUUACGGUCUAUUCUAUCCCAAUAUGACGCCUGUCUACGAUAUCGGGUUGCAAGGUCCUCGUGGUGGUCGUGCUGCUGCUUCUAUUCAGCGCGUGGAUUAG